AUGGACGGGCCCGAUAAUGCUGACGGCAACGCGCUGAUGGCAAAGUACAACGCGCUCAGGUUACGUGCUUUUCAAAUCUACCAAACCACACUCGAUCAAUCCGUGCCGCAUUUCGGUAUUCGGUGGGCCGCGACAAGCGGCCUCCUGGUGCUAUUCAUGCUUCGUAUUGUCUAUGCUCAAGGCUGGUAUAUCAUCGCCUACGGUCUAGGCAUCUACCUCCUGAACCUCUUUCUCGCAUUCCUCACACCCAAGUUUGACCCGAGUCUCGAGCAAGAGAUUGCAGAUGAAGAUGCAGAGAAUGGCGAAUCAAACCUGCCGACGCGCCAGUCAGAUGAAUACAAACCCUUUAUCCGCAGAUUGCCAGAAUUCAAAUUUUGGCUCAGUGCAACGAAAGCAGCCGUCCUCAGCUUCUUCAUGUCAUGGGUGCCCAUCUUUGACAUUCCAGUGUUUUGGCCCAUCCUGCUUAUGUAUUUCAUUGUCCUCUUCUUCCUCACCAUGCGACGUCAAAUUCAACACAUGGUCAAGUACAAGUACAUCCCCUUCGACCUCGGCAAGGCAAAAUUCUCCAGCAAUUAG